UCUGUUUUUACAUACCUUAGGAGGAUUACGAUCUAUUUUGUUUAUCAAUCAUUAGUAGGCCUACAUCAUCUUGUUUUUUUCUCUCAGGGAGUGAACUUGAUAACUCAGAUGUGGAUACAAACUACAUUCCUACUGAUGGUGAAUCAACCUUGGAUAGUGAGCCUGAAUCAGCUGACGCAGAUGAUAAUGCUGAUGAUGAUAUUGAAUCAGCUGACGCAGAUGAUAAUGCUGAUGAUGAUAUUGAAGCAGCUGAUGCAGAUGAUAAUGCUGAUGAAGAUAUUGAAGCAGAUGAUAAUGCUGAUGAAGAUAUUGAAGCAGAUGAUGCAGAUGAUAAUGCUGAUGAAGGUACUAAGCCGAAGCGACGUAAACGUCCAGCGGUAGCGAAAUGGAAGUCAUCAAUUACUAAAGCUAAACGUUUAAAAGGGGAGGCUUUCAAGAAUCGCAAAGGGAAGGAGAGACCGGCAACAAAAAUGGGACCCCCUUGUCGAUCUGAAUUCUGCCGCAAAUCAAAUCUGCGAAGUUGCCAGUCCUUGAGUGAGGAACAGCGGCAAAGAAUCUUUGACAGAUUCUGGUCAAUGAUGUCCUGGGAAGAACGUAGAUCAAAUGUACAUACUUUGGUAAAUAAGGUUGAUAUAAAGCAGAAGAAGAAUCUAGCAUCAAGGCGAAAAACUUCCUUCUCCUACAACUUAAAACUGAGUGAUGCAACAUCAAUUCCAGUGUGCAAAUCCUGUUUCAGUUCAACGCUUGGUCUGUCGCAAAGAACCGUUGUGUCAUGGUUGCAGGAUGAGAAUAACAAACCUCCACUUCAGCCCAAGACUCCCAAAACUGGUAGGAUUAAGUUAAUUUAUUUCUUUAUGGGUCCCAGGUCUCCCAGGACUCGCCGGAGUCUCCCGGAAAUCGGUAAAUGUGUUCCAGUGGGAGAGGCUGACCUAAACUUCUUGAAGAACUGGCUGACCAAUCUACCAAGCCUCCCAUCGCAUUACUGCCGUAGUGUUCCGGCAUACAAGAACAAGAAGUUUUUAUAUCCUGGCACUACAAAGGCAAAUUUGUAUCCUUUAUACAAACAAGCUGCAACAGAAGCUGGUGCUCGUGUCGUCGGGGAGAAACUUUUCAGUAGAGUGUUUGAGGCAGAACAUUUUUCAGUCUUUAUCCCAAGAAAAGACCAGUGUGAUGUGUGUGUGAGCGCCAAACAUGGUAAUCUGGAUCAGGCUACCCUAGAUGCACACAUACAAGCCAAAGAUCGAGCUAGAGCAGAGAAAUCAAAAGACAAGGAGGCAGCUAAUGAUGAGCUGUCAGUGUGGACAAUGGACUUACAGGCAGUACUCCUUUGUCCCAAGUCGAAGGCCAGCAAACUGUAUUAUAAGACUAAGAUGCAAGUCCAUAAUUUUACACUGAUGAACCUGAAAACCAAGGAGGGUUGCUGCUAUGAGUGGGAUGAAACUGAAGGAAACUUAGGUAGUGAAGUAUUUGCCUACCUCCAGUGGAAGCACUUUGACAGAGUAAUUCACAACAACCCUGGUAUAAAAACCAUAAUUAUCUGGAGUGAUGGUUGUGGAUACCAGAACCGUAACGUAACCGUUACCAAUGCGUUCUUAAAUCUUGCAAUGAAGCAUGAUAUUAGAAUUAUUCAGAAAUAUCUUGUUCCUGGCCACACCCAAAUGGAGUGUGAUAGCAUGCAUAGCACAAUUGAGAGGAAGUUGGAUGUAUGUGAAAUCUUUACCCCUCAUGAUUAUGUGGUUAUAUUUCAGAGUGCGCGUAUUCGACCCUCUCCAUAUCAUGUUUUUGAAGUCUACCACGACCAAAUUAUGAAGUUGGAUGGUGGUUAUGUCCAAAGUAUCAGACCAGGAAAGAGAGCUGGUGAUGCUACAGUACACCAACUAAGAGCGUUGUGUUAUUGUAGUUCAGGGGAAAUCCAAUAUAAAUUGGAUUUCAAUGAAACAUCAGAUUGGGUAACCUUACCCCAAAGGAUAAGCAUCCCCAAUGAACCACUGGAAUGGGUGCGACACUUUGAGGGGCAGAUGCCAUUGUCCAACAGAAAAUUCAAUGAUCUUCAGGCCAUGAAGUCAGUCAUGCCACGGUGUGUGCAUCAGUAUUAUGACUCCUUACCGCAUUUGGAAGCAUAAAUCAAUUCUUACGGUACAAUGUUAGUGCACGCCUGUCAUUAUUGUAUAGAAAAAUCCCCUGAUACAGACAAUGAAGUCAGUCAGAACAGUGUAUUCAUCUUUUUUUUAACUACCUAGCACAUUUACAGGCAUAAUUCUAUCUAUUCAUGAUAUAAUUGCAUUACAUGGUCAUACUGGUAAUCAUAGAAAUAUUGCCUAAGUCACAUUUCCUGUAAGACAUAAUGCCCAAGUCAUGUGUCAAACUGCAUAAGUCACGCGCUGAUCAUUAGACAUUUUGCCUAAGUCACCUGCGGCCAUUUUGUAUGCACACAACCAGUUGGUGUAUAUUGUAUGUUAAUUGUAACAUUAUCAUGCAUUAAGUAAAUAAUAAUUGUGAAUAAAUAUGAUCUCGUUUAAAUUUAAAACAAUUUUUUUUGUUUUUCUCUAAAGUAGUAAAAAUGACUUAGGCAAUUAUCGUAGCAGGAUGACG